ACUCAAAAACAGUUCAGGGAAGAGGGAGACGAAGACGGGAUGGUCCUGGGAAGACAUCCAGCCUACCAGACUUCCGUGCCGUGCUGCUGCUGCUCACAAACUCUCUGAUUUCAUGAAGACGUGCAAUCGAAAGGAGUGCCUGGAAUGCUCAAGCAGAAAGCUCAGCCUCUUAACGUGGGCUCCACAGCAUGCUGUUAACUGGGAUUAAGAAAGUCAACUAAUGCUUCACUGCACCGGGAUUUCAACAGCACGGAGCCUCCCGACAGCAAAUUCAGCGGGAUCUCAAAGCUGCAGCUGCCUCUCCCCACAGAUGCCAUUUAACCUCAGAUUUGUGCGCAUCCCACUUCUGAAAACCAGCUGGAAAUCCAUCGUGCCUUCCUUUCACGGCGAGUGAGCUCCCCUUCUGCCCGGCUGCCAGCUCCGGAGCCUUUUCCCAUGCAGGUGGAGCGGGGCUCCCAGCAGAUGUCGGGGGCUCCCGGUCCGUCCCGCCUGACCAGCAGAUGAUCCAGCGCUUUUCCCCAAAAGAGUUGUGCUGGGGGAACGAGGGCCAGGACACGAGGUACCUGUAUCAUUUUUGAUUAAUAUUUGUGGGUGAAUGCUGUAAAUAUGAGCCAAGAAGAUUUAAAAGAAAGUCACUGAGCCGUGCAAGUGAAUUAAUUUGCUUUUAGACAAAAUGCGGCUGGUUUUCAGCCUUUUACAAGCAGGAACAUUAUUCUUCUCCUAUGCCAAAGACUGACUGCGUUUGCUCUCCUGCUUUACUUCAACUGUGGAGGAAAUUUGAGCAAGAACAUGUAUAGUGAAUUGCUAAAUUCAACUAGUGCCACUGAAGCUCACCUCAUCAUUCAGACCAACACGCCCUACCUGAGCGGCACACCGAGACCCGUGAGCUCCUCCGCUUUUUACAUGUCGACAGCCAGGGUGUUAAAAGAAGGGGAAAUAAAUAAGCCAGACCUGGUGACUUACAUCAUUCUGUUUUUCUUUCUGCUCUUGACUGUGACAUUCAUUGUGCUCUUCAUAAACUGCCAGCUGAAAAAUUCUUUUUUUGCUACUCUUCCUUACGACAGAUCGCUCCGAGAAGCGAGGAGCCCGUGGAGGACACAAGCUGUCUGACACUAGCGAGCAACUAUGUCUCACAGCAGUAGCAGGCACCAGAAACCCCGUGCAAUAAGGCGUUAUUGCCAUGUGGCAGUGAAUGGAUGUGACCCUCUUUAAACAGGCGGCACCGCAGGAAAAGAUUGCUGAAAAAUAUGCUGUAUGCAAAUCGGAAUAGCUGUAAAUAAAAAGCUCUGUUAUGAACUGAAGAGAGAAUGCUUUAGCAAAUUUAUCCAGUUUUGUGCAAAAAAAAAAAAAAUUGCCCCGUGAUUCCAGAUUAAGCUCUGUAUGUAUGCAAAUGUCAUCAUCCACCCAUUCAGUGUCCAUACAAGGAUAUUUGCAUUAACAACAGUCUCCGAUUUGGGCAUCUGGUGGAGCUUGUUACCCGUGUUUAUGAAACCAUAGCAUCAAGCGUAAAAAAACACGGUGUAUUUACCUAACGGCUCCAAGCUGGGGGGAUAUGAGUUUACUUUCCAGACCCAUUUCUCUCAACUGCUGCUGAAGCUGCGCGGUAAUGCAGCGGGAGUCCUGCCAGGCAGGAGGAGAAAACAGAAAAUGUUUAUUUAGACUUUUGAUUGUGAUUCUGUUGGGGGUGGUUUUGAUGUUUUACUGCAUCAUGGAGCAGGUUUUAAGUUACCAUUUAUGUGAAACACUAAAUACCUAAGGAAUUUGUUUUCAACUUUCUUAAGCUACAAAGGACAUUAUCUGCCAUGGCAUGAAACUAAAAUAAUCAAGAUGGGGAGAAGGAAGGAGAGAAAAUAAAUAUCAUUAAUAUAUGUAAACUAAUGAAAGGGGAGAGCAGAGUGCUCUGAGUUCAGCACACAAAGUAGACAACUUCUGAAAGCCAUAAAACACAGUUUUAUAGCAGUAGUUGCUUUAACGGACAAUAUCCCCACUCCUUGCUUUUUACAGAAAUCUACAAUUCGGAGCAUUCUUUACCAAUAUGGCAACAGUUUGAGCCAACACUGAUCCCUGGCAAAAACCACUGGUUUAAAUUAUUAGCUAUCUGAUUUUGUUCUAAAAGCUUCUGCUUGACUUUGUUAGCCGACACGCUAUUUUAGAGUUGCUGAUUUUUAAUAAACUUGCGGUUACGGCACAAUUCCAAAUCAAACUACGCGAACCCCAGAACCAUAUUUCUGUAUCCCACAAACAGUGGGCAAAGGCCUUUUUGGUUUUUUUUUUUUGGUUUGGUUUGAACGGCAGUAGCUCAACAUACCACUGAACUGCAGCUAUCCAGAAACAGAGUCCUAAGACCUAUUUUUGCCCCGGUUUUCGCUAGUGGAUCAUCUAUCAGAUGCUGCACCCCUAAAUCCAUCCUUAACAUGCAGAGUACAGCAGGCGUGCUGUGUGUAUAUAUGUACAUAACUUAUUUAAUCCAAAUGAAAAGAUUUUACAACGCAGUUACACACAUACAGGCUCGCACUCAAACACACAGACAAAAUGUGUGUACAUGGGAGCCUGUUUGCAAGCUUUUUUCUUUUUUUUUUUUUUUAAAACACAGAAAUUGUACAGUUGAUCACACUUCCAUGUCAUUGUCUUGGUUACCAAGAGCUUUUAUUGUGCUCAAGUAAGUUAAACUACUACAUAACAGGCUUAAAUAUUUUAUUCCUUGAUAGGUGGCCAAUUUUUAUCUCCUCUGAACCAAAUUUCACUGGUGUAAUUCCAAGUAAUUACUCUAAUGUAGAAAGCGAGAAUAAAUUCAAGUGUGUUCACCUCAGCCCUUUUUGAAUAAAUCAAGUUUUAUCAAAUCA